GAAAACUGAAAACCAAGGGGGAUCGGAGAAGCGUCGACGUGCUGUCUUUGCGUCGUGAGGUGUGCUAGUUGGUGCAAAACAACGCUGCCACGAUUGUUGCUAUUCAGAAGGGACAAUUUUAUUUUCUAGUGUGUUUAUGCUCCAUAGGGCUGCUGGCUAGCGCCCCUGGCAAAAUCAGGGGAUCGGACUGACUAUGAACAACCAGAAGUUUUGCCUGAAGUGGGAUGGCUUCCAGAGCUCCAUCACGUCGGUGUUUGAUCACCUGCGGCAAGAUGAGGAACUGGUCGACAUCACCCUGUGCUGCGAGGGCCAGAGGGUGAAGGCUCACAGGAUGAUGCUGUCUGCGUGCAGCCCUUACUUCAGAGACUUGUUCAAGGACAACCCGUGCCAGCAGAUGGUGUUCUUCCUGAAGGACACGUCGGCCGCUGACCUACGGGCCAUCAUAGAGUUCAUGUACAAGGGCAGUGUGAACGUGUCACAGACUCAGCUGGCCAGUUUCAUCAAGACAGCAGAGAUGCUACAGAUCAGGGGUCUCAGUGGCGGCGAGGACCAGUCGUCGCCACCGUCAACGCCGUCGACGGCGGGGCGUCGCGGCGCGGCGCCGGCCGGCAGCCCGCCGGCCAAACGGACGCGCCGCUCCGGCUGCCCCGUGGAGCUGGGCUCCGAUCUGUCGCCGACGGCAACGCCCGAGGUGUCGCCCGGUCCGACGGCGCCGCCGCCACCGCCGAGGGGACAGCCGCCGGCGGCAGGGCCGGCGCCGGUUGGCGAUGGCUUUAAGGUGGAGAAGGAAGAUCUAGCAGAAGACGGUGACGUCAGCCUGGACACCACGCUGGGCUACGUGGCCGAGUAUGAGGGAAGCUUCGGCGAGCAGGACCUCUCCAUAGGCGGCCACGACGGCGGCCGGCUCGGCGCCGAUCCCACAGCGGCCUUGGCCGCGCUGGCGGCUGGGCCAUCGCAGCGGCUGCGGGACGACCCGGCGUCACAAGGCAAGAAGAAAUACGCCUGCGACAUCUGCGGCAAGACGUACGGUUACCGAGACUCAGUGUACCGGCACAAGCGCACGCACGAAGGCAAGACGGUCUGCUUCGUGUGCGGGAAGGUGCUGAGCUGCCUGCCGACGCUGCGGGAGCACCUGCGGUACCAGCACAGCAUGAGCCAGGAGGAGGUGGCCUGUAUGGUCACGGCCCGGACGGGCGCGGCGCCGGCGCCGGCACCAGCGGCGGUGGCCGAGCGCGCGCAGGAGUGAGGCGCGGCGAGUGUGGAGUUCGGCUGCAGUGAGUGUGGAGUGUCACUCAUUUGGCGCGGGGCUGCGUUUUAUGACACGCGACGUUGAGGAAGUGCGGAGUGAUCCUCAGCGAGUGUGGAGUUAUGCUUCGCGACUCGGCACUCGCUCGGAGUGUGCCGACGAUGUGAAUCGGUGUGAGACGAUGUGAAGCGGUGUGAUGCGGUGUGGCGUGAACCGGCCACGGUCACUGACCGCGAUCUUGGCCAGUCGGUGAGUUUUUCGGAGGCUAGAGUUGACUCAGCGAGGUUUUGACGGAUGCGGUCCGGCUUGCCAGGGCGCCCCGCGUCUGGCUGACUGAUUGGUGCCUGGCCUCAGGUUGUGGUGAUAUUUGGCGGGGCCAACUUGAUCGUUUUGUAGCCAUGCUUGCGGGGCGUUUGCUCGUGUUUCACCGCAUAUUUUAGAGGUGGACUUACUGGAUUCGUACUGGCGACUUUGUCGGCGAGUCGUGGAAUUGUCGAUGCCUUUUCCGAAUAGUGCAGGGAUGAAGACUGGACGAGAAUAAUGUAUUGUUUGGUCAGUG